AUGAUAUCACUGGCUAUAAGAUUACACCCAUUGAGGUCACUGGUGCGUCCUUUAUCAUCUGCUGCUAGGGUAUUCCAACAAGAUAAACAACCCAAGAAAAAACCCCUGAAGAAAUCCCGUAAGGAUGUGGAAUACGGCAAGUUAUCACAGGCACAGAAAGCGUUCCUUGAUCGCAUUAUUCGUGUAGAUCAAGCAGGAGAGUUGGGAGCAAAUUAUAUUUAUUACGGCCAAUUCACAGUAUUGGCCAGCAAAUACCCACAUUUAAGACCGGUGUUACAGCAUAUGUGGGAUCAAGAAAUUCACCAUCAUAAUACAUUCAAUAGAUUACAAACAGAACGUCGUGUAAGACCUUCUUUAUUAACACCAUUAUGGAAAGUAGGUUCUUUUGGUAUUGGUGUUAGUACUGCGCUCAUCAGCAAAGAAGCUGCGAUGGCAUGUACUGUGGCAGUGGAAACUGUUAUUGGAGGCCACUACAACCAGCAAUUGAGAGUGUUGAUGAAUCAAUAUAACAUACCAGCUUACGAUAAGGCUACCGGUGAAAUUUUACCCGAGGAGAGCUUAGACAAGAGCGCACAGUGUUCCCCUGAAUUGACCGAUUUGAAAGAUCUUAUUAGUACUUUUAGGGAUGACGAAUUAGAGCAUUUAGACACUGCGAUAGAACAUGAUGCAGAAAAGGCUGUUCCAUAUAUCUUAUUAACCGAAGCUAUCAAGUUGGUUUGUAGAGGAGCUAUUUGGACAGCUGAAAGAGUAUAA